UCUCUCUCAAACUCACAACUCAUCAUUCAUAACACACUCUUAAUACCAAAACGCUUUUCCUUCAUUUCUUCAUACACAACAUUAAGGAGUAUCAAACACAAGAAUCUAAGCAUGUGUGGCGGUGCCAUAAUCGCUGAGUUCAUUCCCCGCAACCGUUCUCGCCGACUUACUGCCUCUGAAAUCUGGCCCAACACAUUCUCUAACAACCAAGUCGACGACUUUGACUUCGAUUUUUCUCAUCCUCUCAAAAACACACCCACUCUCAGUAAAGCUUCUUCGCCUUCAGUUGGUGAGCAAGAUCAGGAGAACAGCAAGCCCCCCGCGAAGAGGCAGAGGAAGAACCUCUACAGAGGGAUCAGGCAGCGUCCAUGGGGAAAAUGGGCGGCGGAGAUUCGUGAUCCAAGAAAAGGUGUUCGCGUUUGGCUUGGAACCUUCAACACCGCCGAAGAAGCCGCCAGGGCCUACGACAGAGAAGCUCGUAAGAUUCGCGGAAAGAAAGCUAAAGUCAACUUCCCCAACGAGGAUGACGAAUACUCCAUUCAACAAUCUCGCAACAUUAUUCCAAACGUUCCUCCUCCGAUUCGACGAUCGAGUAAUCAUCCUCCUCUGUAUCAAUAUGGUGAUGCCAACAACAACAGCAACAACAACAUGAACAACCAGGCAAAGACUCUGAACCUCAACUUGGAGUUUGGUUACGAUCUGAACCAUGGAGGAGCCGUUGGCGUUGGUGAUGCCAUCAACGCAGACCCAUUUGUGAGUUGUGUUGAUGAGAAUUCUGAGUAUGGGUCUGGUUCUGGCUCGGCAUCGGAGGUGGCAGGUGGGUCAAGUGGUGAUCAACAACAUCAAGAGGAGAAGAAGAGCUACGAGGUGGAGAAGCUUUCGGAGGAGCUAAUGGCAUAUGAGAACUACAUUGGGUUUUAUGAUCAAAUGCCCUUCUAUGAUGCACAAUCUGCUGCUGCCGCCGCCGCCAACAACAACAACAACGUUGUUCAGGAAAGUGUGGUUGGGGAACUUUGGACCUUCGAUGAAUGAUGAUAUCCAUGCUCUCAUUCAAUUUGAACAUGCUUCUGUUUUUUAAUUUCACAGCCCCGUUGAUUAUCUGCUUGAACAUGUAAAAAUUGUUGGGCUACCUUAGUUUUUUGCUUUUAUCACUCAAGUGUCUGUAAUUUUUUAGUUCUUAAAUUUGUAAUAUUCGCUUAAUGAAAUUGCCUAUCUUACAUUUCUAUUACAA